CUGUUAGAUUCUAGAACUUCUAGACUUAGACUUAGUCAAGUUAGUGUCACUUAUAAAUAAUACUAAAAUACUUAUAUAGUUACUAAGUUAGUUAAUAGAGUCUAGUUACAGUUAGUGAGUUACAGUUAGACUGCUCAAGACUCAACUAUGAUCUAAUAACUCUAGACUCUAGUCAACUCUAGUCUAUCUACUUUUUUAUACUGAAGGCUUGAGGCUAUAGAGUAUAGUCACAGUAUAGUGACUAUAUUAUUAGUAUAUAAUAGACUUUAGUUUAUAGUUUAUAGUCACUUUAAAAUAGACUAGUGUUAUUUUAUAGAUUAUAGUAUUAUAAAUAUUAUUAUUAGAGUAGUAUAACUAAGUAUAGAAUCUAGUUACUAGACUAGAUUCUAUAUCUAUCAUAGAUAUCUAGUAUCUAGACAUUCUAGACUUAUAACUAUAACUAUAAGAAAGGAGCAGGAGGCUAGUUAUACUAGGUAAAUGGGUGACUACGAUGCCAGUGAAGUCUUUAAAGUUAGAGCCCAGUUAGAAUUAGAGAUGUCUAAGAGUGUCAGAGAACUAAAAAAAUUGCAGCCAAUGCCAACAGAGAAAAUAAUGAAUGUCUGGGAAGGAGAGUCUGGGCUGAUGGAGCAUGUGUUGUCUGACUUCCCCCUGCCUCGGAAAGGAUACCUGUUUAAUGACUGUGUUAUUGACCUGCAUGAUGAACUGCAGCGGUAUCAUACUGAUCAAUAUAUGAGUGAACUAGGCCAUCUAGAACUGUAUGGUGCUAAAAAUAUUUCUAAACAUAGCAGAGGGAAUGAUGGACAUUUGCAAAUGAAACAUGAAAAGGGUGAAAAGCAUUCAGAGGUGAACUCCACAAAGAAAAAAAAGAAAAGUCAAGAGAAAAAAGAAAAUGUACCUGAUUUUGUUAUUGAAGAUGUUGAAUCAAUUUCUGUAGCAGACUGCCGUAAAGAUGUCAUUGAAAUUAGUGAUGAUUCAUUAGCAUCAAAUAGUUAUACUAUCGCAGAGGUAAAACAAUGCAGAAAGGCUAAAAAGAAGUCUGAAGCUACAAAAGCUGCUGAGCCAUAUGCAGAUACAAAUGCUGAUCAAUGUCAACAAAGUGCAAAUGUGAGAUUUCAAACUGAGAGACCUCAGUCCAUUGGGUCAAGCCAAACAAGGAAUGAGCAUGAGAAGCAGGCAGUGGUAAAGUUGCACUCUGAAGCUAUGGAGAAGAGUACUACACUGACACAAAAUAGAGAGUUACAGAAUGCUGAUACAGAACAAAGUAAACAAAAAAUCUGUGAUGAGAAGAAAAAAAAUAGAAAAGAAAAGGAAGUAUUGAUAGAGGAUUCCUGUCAGAACAUAGAAAAGAGUUGGCCUUUGAAAAACAAAACUAAUACACCAGAUACUGGAACAGAUAUUAAUUUUAUGGAGUCAAGAAACAACAGAGAGAAUAAUAAAAAUAUGAAACAUAUAAAUCAAUAUACUGAAAUGGAACAAAGCAAAAAUGUUAAACAACCCAAAAAGGAAUGUGCUUCAGAGGUCAAACAAUCCCUUAAUAAGGACAUCAAACAGUCUAAAUGUAAAAAUACUGAUGAUGUCAGACAGUCUAAAAGUGAAAAUACUGAUGAUGUCAGACAGUCUAAAAGUGAAAAUACUGAUGAUGUCAGACAGUCUAAAAGUGAAAAUACUGAUGAUGUCAGACAAUCUAAAAGUGAAAAUACUGAUGAUGUCAGACAGUCUAAAAGUGAAAAUACUGAUGAUGUCAGACAGACUAAAUGUAAAAAUACUGAUGAUGUCAGACAGACUAAAUGUAAAAAUACUGAUGAUGUCAGACAGUCUAGAAGUGAAAAUACUGAUGAUGUCAGGCAGUCUAGAAGGGAAAAUACUGAUGAUGUCAGACAGACUAAAUGUAAAAAUACUGAUGAUGUCAGACAGUCUAGAAGGGAAAAUACUGAUGAUGUCAGACAGUCUAGAAGGGAAAAUACUGAUGAUGUCAAACAGUCGAAAAGUGAAAAUACUGAUGUUGUCAAACAGUCUAAAAUUAUUGGUGACAAGAAGUCCAUUAGAAAAUGCAGUGAUAAUGAUGAACAGUCUACAAGUAAAAAAACUGAAGAGGUUGAAUUUCCUAAAAAUAAGACUAGUAAUGAAGAAGAAAAAAUGAAAAGCAAAGACAUAGAUAACAUUGUCGACAAGUCCCAAAAUGCAAAUGCUAGAAAGACAAAAAAUUUGACGAUAAAAAAUACUGAUCUCAAGAAAUCUAAAUAUAAAGAACCGGAAGAGGUGGAGCCUUUUACAGAUGACAUUCUUAAGUUAAAAUCAUCUAAAAGUAAUGAUAUACAUAAUAUGAAGAAUUUAAAAAACAAAGAUACUGAAGAGGCGAGACAGUCUAAAAUUAAAGAAAUUGAGGAUGGUAGUAAGUCCUUAGAUCACUAUGAUAAAGAUGUUGAGUGGUCUAAACAGUCUGAAAGUAUAGACACAGACGAGGUCCAACAGUAUAAAGAAAAAUAUAGCGAGACCAAAAAUGAAGCUACUGAAAAAGUGAAAAAAUGCAAGGUGACUAAAGGUUUAGAUGCUGACGAUGUCCAACUGUUUACAGAAACUGAAAAUGUCAAGAAGUUCAAAAAGUCUCAUCAUAUUUAUUUCGAAGACAUCGACCAUUGUACAUUAGAAAAUAGUGAAGAGAUAAAAAAAAGCAAAAAUAAAGAAAUUAAGGAUUUAAAAAAUAAUCCUAAAGAAGAGAUCUCAAAUCUUAUAGAUCUAGGUACACAAGAUGUAAAGAAACCCAAAAAUCAAGAAGAAAAUAAUUCUACAAAAAGGAAUAGUGAAGAAGUGAAGAAUUUUAAAUGUACAGAUAUCAAGAUGUCCAAUAAUAAAGAUUCUAAAAAGGUCAAACUUUUAAAAAAUGAUGCAGAAAAAAAUCCUGAAGGCAGAGAAAUUAUUGAGAAACCUAAUAAACCUUUAAAGAAAGAUACGGAAAAGAUGAAGAAACAUAAAGAGGCUGAGGAGGUCAGUAUGCCUGAAAAGAAUGUCACAGACGAGACCCAAAAGUUUAGAAUAGAAGUUAAGAAAACUAAAAAUUAUAAUGAAGAGGUCAAGAAGCCUAAACAUAUUAUUAGUACAAAAGAAGUCAAUGAUCCUAAUGAUACAGUUAUGGAAGAGGCUAAAAAGGCUAAAAAUAAAGAUGCAGAAGUUAAAAAAUCUAAAAUGAAAGAUGCAGAUGUGGUUGAGAAAACUGAAAAUAAAGGAACUGAAGAGAUACAUAAUGUUAAAUGUACAGAAGUAGCCAAUGAUCUUAAAAAUCAAAAAGUGGAAGAGGUCAAGAAAUGUAAAACUGGAGUUAUGGAUGAGGUCAAGAAAUCUAGAAAUAAAGAUCCAGAACAGGUCAAAUAUCUCAAGGGUACAGAUGAGGUCAAAUAUCUUACAAAUACAGAAGAGGUCAAUAAUUCUGCACAUAAAGAUGCAGAAGUGGUCAUGAAACCUAAAGAUAAAUAUGCAGAAGUGGUCAAGAAAUCUGAAGAUACAGAAGUGGUCAAGAAAUGUAAAGAUAAAGAUACAGAAGUGGUCAAGAAACAUAAAGAUACAGAAGUGGUCAAGAAACAAAAAGAUAAAAAUACAGAAGAGGUCAAGAAACAAAAAGAUAAAGACGCAGAAGUGGUCAUGAAACCUAAAGAUAAAGAUACAGAAGUGGUCAAGAAACAAAAAGAUAAAGAUACAGAAGAGGUCAAGAAAGAUAAAGAUACAGAAGUGGUCAAGAAACCUAAAGAUACAGAAGUGGUCAAGAAACCUAAAGAUAAAGAUGCAGAAGUGGUCAUGAAGCCUAAAGAUAAAGAUACAGAAGUGGUCAAGAAACCUAAAGAUAAAGAUACAGAAGUGGUCAAGAAACAAAAAGAUAAAGAUACAGAAGUGGUCAAGAAACCUAAAGAUAAAGAUACAGAAGUGGUCAAGAAACAAAAAGAUAAAGAUACAGAAGAGGUCAAGAAACCUAAAGAUAAAGAUACAGAAGUGGUCAAGAAACCUAAAGAUACAGAAAAGGUCAAGAAACCUAAAGAUAAAGAUACAGAAGUGGUCAUGAAACCUAAAGAUAAAGAUACAGAAGUGGUCAAGAAACAAAAAGAUAAAGAUACAGAAGAGGUCAAGAAACCUAAAGAUAAAGAUGUAGAAGUGGUCAAGAAACCUAAAGAUAAAGAUACAGAAGUGAUCAAGAAACCUAAAGAUAAAGAUACAGAAGUGGUCAAGAAUAAAAAAGAUAAAGAUACAGAAGAGGUCAAGAAACCUAAAGAUAAAGAUACAGAAGUGGUCAAGAAACCUAAAGAUACAGAAGUGGUCAAGAAACCUAAAGAUAAAGAUGUAGAAGUGGUCAAGAAACCUAAAGAUAAAGAUACAGAAGUGAUCAAGAAACAAGAAGAUAAAGAUACAGAAGAGGUCAAGAAACCUAAAGAUAAAGAUGUAGAAGUUGUCAAGAAACCUAAAGAUAAAGAUACAGAAGUGAUCAAGAAACCUAAAGAUAAAGAUACAGAAGUGAUCAAGAAACCUAAAGAUAAAGAUGUAGAAGUGGUCAAGAAACCUAAAGAUAAAGAUACAGAAGUGAUCAAGAAACCUAAAGAUAAAGAUACAGAAGUGAUCAAGAAACCUAAAGAUAAAGAUACAGAAGUGAUCAAGAAACCUAAAGAUAAAGAUACAGAAGAGGUCAAGAAACCUAAAGAUAAAUAUGUAGAAGUGGUCAAGAAAUGUAAAGAUACAGAAGAGGUCAAGAAACCUAAAGAUAAAGAUACAGAAGUGAUCAAGAAACCUAAAGAUAAAGAUACAGAAGUGGUCAAGAAACAAAAAGAUAAAGAUACAGAAGAGGUCAAGAAACCUAAAGUUAAAGAUGUAGAAGUGGUCAAGAAAUGUAAAGAUAAAGAUACAGAAGUGGUCAAGAAACAUAAAGAUACAGAAGUGGUCAAGAAAUAUAAAGAUACAGAAGUGGUCAAGAAAGAUAAAGAUACAGAAGUGGUCAAGAAACAUAAAGAUACAGAAGUGGUCAAGAAAUAUAAAGAUACAGAAGUGGUCAAGAAACGUAAAGAUAAAGAUGCAGAAGAGGUCAAGAAUCCUAAACAUUUGGAAGAAACCAAACAUCACAAGGAUACAGAGAAAGGUAAUAAUCUUGCAAAUACAGAUAUGGAAAUUGUUGAGAGUUCUCAAAAUAAGGAAAUGGAUGAGAUAAAAAAGAAAUCUAAAAUUAAAGAUGUCGAAAAGAUUAAAGAACCUAAAAAUAAAGAUGAAGAUGUUAAAGAAGCUAAAAAUAAAAGUAAGGAACAGUUCGGGGGCAGUAAUAAUGCAGAAGAAGUCAAUAAUCUUGCUAAAACAGACGUUGGUAAUGUUACAAAAGAUUUUGAGAAGCCUAUAAACAAACCCAUAAAAGAGUCGAAGCAUCUUGUAAAAAAAGAUGAAGAGGUAGUCAAAAAGCCUAAAAUUAAUGAUAUGGAAGAAGUUAAGAAGCCUAAAAAUAAAGAUAUGAGAGAAGUCAAGAAUCAUAAAAAUAUAGAUGUCAAUAAUUUUAGUAAUAAGGAUUUAGACAAUGGUGAGAAACCCAAAGAUACAGAUAAGGUUGAAACAACUAAAAUUAAAGUCAAAGAAGUGCUGAAUGAACCUGAAAGUAAAGAUACAGAGAAAGUUCCUAAUAAAGAUAAAGAAGUGGUCAUUAAGUUUAAAAAUAAAGAUAUGGAUACAUUUAAGAAACAUACAAACAGAGAUAUGAAAAAGGUCAAGAAACUUAAAGAUACUACAGAAGAGGUAAAGAAACCUAAAUAUAAAAAUACAGAUGAUGUCAUGAAUCUUAACGGUACAGAAAAUGUUGAUAAUCUUACAAAUAAAGAUGCUGGAGAGGUCAAGAAACCUAAAAAUAAAGAUUCAGAAGAGGCUAAGAAAACUAAGGAUACAGAUAAUGCCAAGAAACCUACAAAUAAAGAUACAGAAGAGGCUAAGAAAGCUAAAGAAACAGAGGAAGCUAACAAACCUAAAGAUGCAGUGGAGCAUGAGAAGCCUAAAACUAAAUAUACAGAAAUUAAGAAAGUUAAAAAUAAAGAUACAGUUGAGGUUAAGAAACCUAAAAAUAAACAUACAGAAGAAGUUAAAGAACUUAAAAAUGUAUAUUCAGAAGAGGCUAAGAGAUUUUCAUAUAAAGAUACAGAAGAAACCAAAAAACCUAAAAAUAAAGAUACAGAAGAUACCAAAAAGCCUAUAAAUACAGAAACAGAAGAAGCUACAAAACCUAAAAAUAAAGAAACAGAAGAAGCCAAGAAACCUAAAAAUAAAGAAACAGAAGAAGCCAAGAAACAUAAAAAUAAAGAAACAGAAGAAGCCAAGAAACAUAAAAAUAAAGAAACAGAAGAAGCCAAAAAAACUAAAAAUAAAGAUUCAAAAGAGGCUAAGAAACUUAAGAAUAAAGAUUUAGAAGAGGCUAAGAAACCUAAAAAUAAAGAUAUAGAAGAGAUCACAAAGUCAAAAAGUAAAGAUACAGAAGGCAAAAAUUCCACUAAAAGAAGAAGAAACAGUGAGAUUGCUACAAAUGUAUUGGAUACUCGUGAUAAAAAUGAAACAAGUGUGGCUGGACUCAUUUCAACCAAAGAGAUUGAUGGGAUUGAGUCAGCACAUAACAUGGUUUCUCCUAGAAAGAAAGAUGAUGUUAAAAAAGCAUCCAAGAAAAGAAAACUGACUGAAGUGGAGGAAAUGCCACGAGGCAAGAGGAGAAAAUUAGAGGAAAAUCACCAAGUUGUCCAGCCUGAUUCUACCAAUAAAGACAGUCUUUGUAACCAAAACACUGAAGAAAUGAAUUCCUCAGCUAAAAAGCUGAAACUCUCUGAUACCAAUGAAACAAAACUAAACCACACAGAUAUUAAAGUUGUGCCAAAGUUUGAGUUUGAUGCUUUUAAAAAAGAUAAGGAUUCCAAGGACUGUAACUUUGAGAACUCACUCCAAGAGAAUGUCUGUAUAAAAACAGAACUUUCAAACGAUCACCAUGAACUAACUAAAUUAAAAUGUGAAUAUAAACAGGUCAAGUGUGAGACAUCAACUACAGAGCAAAAUAUCAUCACACUAGAACAACCACAAGAUGUACUUCUUUCAAACAUGUACUGUGAAAGUCGAGAAGCAUAUUUAUCAUCAUCCUGCCAAACUUCUUGUCAUCCAAACAUUUCAACAACUGGAAAUAAUUACAUUCCCAAUUCUCAGGCCAUUGACAUUGGUCAACCAUCUUGGAGAGGUAUUGAUAGCUCAUUGCCUGACUUCACUGCAUUAAUUAAUAAAAUGACAGAUGCAAAACAGUUUCUGACCACUAUUACUAUGCAGUCAAAUAUUGAACAGGCUUGGGCACAGAAUGCAUCUUUUCAACUAAUGGAACAGUUUGAAACUCAUUACAAGGAGAUUGAAUCUACUUUUAAGAAAAAAGAAACACACCAUUUUUUUCAUUUACACAAAAUGUCAAGAUCUAGGAAAGAAAAUUAUUCAAAAAACUACAGAUGUCUAAAAAAUGCCUUUUCUAAUUUCAAGAGUUUGUAUCAAUCAAUCAAGGAAAAUAUAUACUUUAAAAAAAGUCAGAUGCUAUCAGAAAGUGUAGGUCUAGUUGAAAGUGACUCCAUUGCACAAGAUAAAAACUCUGAAGCAAUGAAGUCCAUGGCCAAGAAACAGACAAUUACAAGUAAUCUAAAACAGAAUCAUACAAUCAUACCACCUGCAGUGGAAUAUAUAAGCCCACAGGUACAACCAGUGAAUGUUUUACAUGAGUCAGCUAUUACAAACGCAAACUGUAGUUUAUCCAGCAAAACUGUAGCUCAUCAAAAUGUUGCAGAAGCUUAUUAUCAUCACUAUCCCUAUAGUCAUGUCACCAACAGUAGUCAACCAAAUCUUCCCCAUGCUGAAGCUAUAUUGCCUGACUACACCUCAUUGAUCAAUAAAAUAGCAGACGCCAGUAGAUUUUUGAGAAGCAUUACAGUGAAGGCAAAAAACAAACAACUUUCGUCACAGAAGGCAUCCUUUCAACUUAUAGAUCAGUUCGCAGAUAAUUUCAAGGAUGUAGAAUUCAAUUAUAAGAAUGAACAACAAAAUUAUGACAUUAUGUUUUCAAAGUUGUCUAAACUUGAUAAAACAAAACAUCGGAGAAACUUUACAAAAUUGAAACAUUUAUUUUGUGAUUUAAAAAAUAGAUACCUGCAAUUGAAUAAGUCAAUAAGUGAGAGAAAAAUGAAAUUAAAUUCUACUGACAAUCAAUGCUGGAUGGAAAAGAAACAGUGAAAAAUAAAGUAACAAUAUUGUUCAUUUUAAAAUCA